AUGCCCAGCCUGACCUUGCCCCCAGUUGAACCAUACGCACCAGCACCCUUGCCUACAGAGGAAUUGGACUAUGCCGACCUCGCGGUUAUCGACCUAAGUAAAGCCGCUACUGCAGAAGGUAGAGCUGAGUUAGCGCCGCUAGCGAGAGACGCAAUGCGCACAAAGGGUUUCCUCUACGUUAUAAAUCAUGGAUACAGCCCGGCUCAGACGAAGCGCAUGUUCGAUAUCGCCAACGUACCGUUUGAGCACGUUUCGGACGAUGAGAAGAAGGUAUACGCCGGCAACAUUAAGGCCACAGGGACGUAUCUAGGAUACAAGCUUCGUAAAUAUUGGCACAUCGACAACGGAGUGCGCGACCAGAUCGAACAUUACAACAUUGACCCUGACGUCAACCGGAAAUCGCAUCCCGAGGCUCUUCGCCCCCUCCUCCCCGAGAUCGAAGCAUGGAUCAAACAUUGCCACCUCAAUGUCAUCCAUCCGCUUCUGAGACUACUGGCCAUCGGCCUCGAAAUGCCAGAAGAUACAUUGGUCAAUAUGAGCAGGUACGAGGUGCCGGGGGAAUCGUUUUUGAGAUUCAUGAAGUAUUAUCCUCGAAAUGAACACGAUGAGGCAAAGACGAAAAAUGUAUGGUUAAAGGGUCACACCGAUCUCAACUGCUUGACCGUCCUCUGGAGCCAGCCAGUAGCGGCUCUUCAGAUCCUCUCGCCGAAUGGUCGAUGGCAAUUCGUCAAGCACAUGGAGAACGGUCUAGUGAUCAACUUGGGCGAUGUACUUGAGUUCAUCUCCGGUGGGUUCUACAAAGCGACGAUCCACCGUGUCGUCCAACCGCCGCCAUCUCAGCGAGGCUACACACGCCUGGGCGUCUUCUACUUCGCUAUGUUGGACAACGAUGUUAUGCUCGAGCCGAUGGAAGAAGAAAGUCCCGUCAUUCAACGGGAAGGGGUGAAGUUAGACGGGCGGAUCGAGCGCGGCAAGGCGCCUACUAUGGAUAUGUACAGGAGGACUAGGAUAAGUGCGUAUGGGCAGACUGAGGUGAAGAAAGGCGAGAACGGCGUGGACACGGAGGUGUUGAGCGGCGUUCUCGUGAAGCAUUACAAUUAG